CAAAACUGAACUCUCUUUGAAUCCAAGUUUUCAAAAUUCCAAAAAUUUGUCUUUUUUUCUUCACAACUUGUUUGGUUCUUUCCACUUCCAAAUCUUGCAUUUUAACUCUUCUUUCCCACUUUCUUUCUUUUUCAUUUUCUAUGAAAAUUUUAGAAUCUUUGAUUUGAAUUAAUUCUACCUUUUAUGAAUUUCUUGGAAACUGUUAGUUUCAAUUUUGGAUUUUUCUUUAGUUAGUUAGUUACAUAGAACUAGAAUUGAAGUGAAAUCAUCACUGGGAAUUCAAAAAGAUGAAUUUUUUCACUUCAUUUUUGUUUCUCUCUUUGAUUUCAACUCUCUCUCUUGUGAAUUCUGAAACUCUACCUGAUAAUGAAGUUUGGGCACUUACAAGCUUUAAAGAAGCUAUCUAUGAAGACCCAAAUCUAGCUUUAUCAAACUGGAAUAUGCUAGAGUCAGAUCUUUGUAACUGGUUUGGUGUCACUUGCACUGUUUCUGGAGAUCAUGUCACCAAGUUAAAUAUAUCGGGUUCAUCGUUGAAGGGUUUUCUUGCGAGGGAAUUGGGGCAAAUUACCUAUUUGCAAGAACUAGUUUUGCACGGGAACAAUCUGAUUGGAACUAUACCGAAAGAAUUGUGCAUGUUGAAAUCUCUCCAGGUGUUGGAUUUGGGAAUGAAUCACUUGUCUGGACCAAUUCCUACGGAGAUUGGAAAUUUAACUCUACUUGUGAACAUAAACCUACAGUCCAACGGGUUGACUGGUAGAUUACCUCCUGAGCUUGGAAAUUUGAGAUACCUUCAAGAACUCUGGCUUGAUAGGAACAGGCUUCAAGGACCUAUUCCUGCUAGUGGAACUUAUAGUUUUGCUUCAACUAUGCAUGGAAUGUAUGUUUCAAAAGAUAAUGCAACUGGCUUGUGCCGUUCACCUCAGUUAAAAUUAGCAGACUUUUCAUAUAACUUUUUAGUCGGUAGCAUACCAAAAUGCCUGGAGUAUCUUCCAAGGAUAAGCUUUCAAGGGAACUGCCUCCAGAGCAAUGAUCCAAAGCAGCGGCCUUCCACACAAUGUGGUGGUGCUUCACCUGCCAAGAGUCAGCCAGUAGCGAGCAACCAAUACCACCAAAUAGCUGAUCAUGCACGCAAGCAUCACGGAACUUCAGAACCUACUUGGCUUUUGGCUUUAGAAAUAGUAGCAGGAACUAUGGUCGGUUCUCUCUUUCUGGUUGCGGCUCUCGCUACUGUUCAAAGAUGUAACAACAAAUCUUCUAUCAUUAUUCCUUGGAAAAAAUCAGGCAGCCUGAAAGAUCACAAUGCAGUAUAUAUAGACCCGGAUAUGUUAAAGGACGUGAGAAGGUAUAGCAGACAAGAGCUAGAAGAGGCGUGUGAAGAUUUCAGUAACAUAAUUGGGUCCUCACCGGACAGUGUGGUCUACAAGGGAACUAUGAAAGGUGGACCUGAGAUUGCUGUAAUUUCCCUCUGCAUCAAGGAGGAGAGUUGGACAGGGUAUCUGGAACUCUACUUCCAGAGAGAGGUGGCAGAAUUGGCAAAGUUAGACCAUGAGAAUACUGGAAAACUACUGGGAUAUUGUAGAGAGAGCAAUCCGUUUUCAAGGAUGCUGGUUUUUGAUUAUGCUUCAAAUGGGACACUUCACGAGCAUUUACAUUGUUAUGAAGAAGGGUGCCAGUUCUCCUGGACACGGCGUAUGAAAAUUGUCAUAGGCAUUGCACGUGGACUCAAGUAUUUGCACACAGAAGUUGAACCUCCGUUUACUAUCUCAGAGCUGAAUUCUAGUGCUGUAUACCUUACAGAAGAAUUUUCCCCUAAGUUGGUUGAUUUUGAAAGUUGGAAGACAAUUCUUGAAAGAUCAGAAAAGAAUUCCGGUACUAUUAGCAGCCAAGGUGCUGUUUGUGUUCUUCCAAACUCUCUUGAGGCACGCCAUCUUGAUACCAAAGGAAAUGUACACGCUUUUGGAGUACUUCUACUAGAGAUAAUCAGUGGCCGGCUUCCACACUGUAAGGAGAAAGGUUACUUGGUGGAUUGGGCGAAAGACUAUCUUGAAAAGCCCGAAGUAAUGUCACAAUUGGUGGAUCCAGAACUGAAAAAUUUUAGACACGAUGAUCUCAAAGUGAUAUGCGAGGUGAUAACUCUAUGUAUCAAUCCUGAUACAGCUGCCCGUCCAUCUAUGCGAGAAUUAUAUAGCAUGCUGGAGAGCAGAAUCGACACAUCAGUUAACAUAGAUCUCAAGUCGUCAUCAUCUUUGGCUUGGGCUGAACUUGCACUUUUAUCAUAAUAACAAUAAUAUAGCCGCACUCAACACUAACAAUUAAAGAAUAGAUACACAAAAGUAAUAAUUUUCCUCUUCAAUUUUAUUUCUAUUGUAAAUGAUUGCUCAAAAAGAGUAUGUGUUAGGCUUAAGUACAGCAAGGUCUCAUUGUAUAGCAGUAGCCUAUUUUGUAGAACUUGCAGAAAUUGUUAAAUAGAAGAAGUUUUUUCCUUUUAUGCACUA